AAACCCUUCCGUUUGUCGCUCUGCUAAAGAUGGCGCCAGUGCAAAUCUGAGGCGAUUGCGCUUUGUAGCGCAUAGGGAAUUUGACGUGAGUAAGAUGAAAGGUUAAUAAAGCCUUCAUACUCUUCAUAUAAACAUCGAAAUACACCCAACUAGAGUACUAUCAGACAGCACCUUCAAUGUUUUGGUUUAUUUUUCGCGGACUACCUCCCUCUGUAGGCCGUAUUGAAAUAUGUCGCAUGGUUAAAAGACUCAAUUUCACAGAAGCCAUUGCUAUGGGGUUGCGCUAGCUUUGUUUGGUGGACGUGGUAGAUGUAGUUUUUCGGUGUUUAUUUCUCGUUCGGCUGAAAUGUGACAAUCAUAGCAAAAGCAUAUUGUGUGUAUAUAUAUAUAUAUAUAUUAUUAAUUGAGAAAUAACAGCGUUUGGUGAUGAAAUUAAAUCGUUAUAUCAUUUCAUUACCGAAAUAUUGCCUUUAAAAAAUAUAUAGAAGGUAAAAUAAUUACAUUUCAUGGGAGGGGGGUGUGGUAGGGCGGUUGAUCUGGACUCAAGAUUCAUCAUGUCUACACCUUUAGAAGAAGGAAUUAAAAACAUUUCAAAAGGCUCAGCCAGCAUCCGGGAGGGGUCAUCUGCUUCUCCAGAAUCCUCCCUUACCUGGUGUUUAACUCAGCUGUCCAAAACAAGCGCAUUGGUGGAUAUUCACAGCAGUGGACUAGCAGUAACUGCCAAUAAACCUAUCACUGGAGGAGAGAAAGCCAGAGAUGCAGACAAGAGACUCAGAGCUGGCCAAUGGAGGGCGCUGGUGGCCAUUCGGACACAACACAUCAAGGGAGGUGGCAGGAUAGCCCGGUACCAAGCACGGGGAGGACUGCCUCCUUUGCUGGAUCUUCUAAGACAACCGCAGAGCUCCAGAAAGGUUUUGGACCUGGCACUAAGCAUCCUGGCCAAUUGCUGCACUGAAAAAGGGACAAGGCUAGAAGUAAGGAAGCUUGAUGGUGUAUCUGUUGUUGUGGAUGUCCUCAAGAGGAAUGUCUCAGUGGAGACAGUGCAAAAUCGAGCUGCACGGGCUCUGGGAAAUCUCGCCAUGGACCCAGAGGGUUCUGCUGAGGUCCACUCUGCUGGUGGUGUUCCACUUCUCCUUCUUUGCCUAUCUGUUUCUCCACCCCCAUCCUCACCCUCUUCCCUGACUCCAACACCUGAACUAUGCGCUCCUAAGCUGGAAUGUGCCCAGUCUGCAGCCCGGGCUUUUGUCUACCUUUCAGACACGCCUGCAAACCGACUCCUCCUGAUUUCACAAGGGACUCUACCAGCUCUUGCUUUGUUCAUUGCUCCAGAGUACCCUUUAUGUCUGAGACGGGCAUGUCUUCGGGCUCUUCAUGAGCUAACCAGAGGUUGCAGUGCAGAGUGUGCCAGGGAAGUGUCCAGGUCUGGGGCAUUGACUCAUCUGGGGGCCCUUGCCUUAGGGGAAGGUGGUCAGCCACUGGAAGAGCUAGCUUUGAAAACCCUGGCUAACUUAUGCUCUCAAGGCUGCCUGAGACCACUGGUUGGUUCACUGGGUGUCAUUCAGAAGUUUGCAGAGGAAGUGAAGAAGGAUCCUCUGAAGUCAAGUGUGUUUUUCAAGGCCUUGUGCCUGUGCUGCAGAGAGGCUGUGAACAGGGUGAAAGUAAAAGAGAGCGGGGGACUAGAGGUGCUGGUUGGCUUUUUAUCUGCCCAUCAAAAUUAUACACUCACUCGAUUUGCCUUUCUAGCUUGCGUUGAUUUUGUCUAUGAUGAAUCAGCUCUUGAACAGCUGCAGGAGCUUGGGCUGGUGCCACUGCUUAUCAAGCGUUUGGUGGAGCUCGCUAAAGGAGAGGAACUGACCACAGGAAAGAUGGAUGCCAGCCUGUCAUCUAGUUCUUCAUGCCCUGAACUGAUGACCUCAUGUUUUGACUCGUUUGACUUUACUCCCCUUGAAGGCAACAAGAGGGAGGAUGCGAGCAAAGACCAGACGUCGGGAUCCUCCAGCUUCCUCAGUCUCAGGUCUUGGCUGGUAUCAGAGGGUCUGAUCUCCUCUGAGGGGGAGCUGACUGAAUGCCCAAGUGGAACUGAUGUAGUCUGUGGCAGCCCUCAAUCCUCCGUCUCACCCUCAUCACUUACACCUUGCUCUGAGCUCUCCCAAACACAGACCUUGCAUCAGCCCCACUCUUCUCCGUCCACUCGCUCUAAACCUUGCCAGCUUUCUUCUUCCUCUUCAUCUACUCCAGUAUUUUCUCAAGCCACACAACUGAGAAACUUACCUGAGUCACCUUCCUCUUCACUUCCAUCCUGUACCUCCACCCCUCAAUCUGAGAAACUGCCUUCAGUGGCAAAACAUUUCUUUCCCCCCUCGUCUCCACUCCAGAUCUCAUCUCCACCGAGAAAGAGACUGCGUACAUCUUCAACCUCCUCCACAUCUACAUGCUAUAAUGUGGUCACAUUGGACAACCCCCCUGUGAUGUCAAAGACCCCAACAUACCAUCACCCCUAUCACCCUGAGCCCUGGGCCCCAGAAUCCCCCAUUCUUCUGCUUCUGUCACGUUUUUCCCAUGCCUCAGACCCUAGCACAUCACUCAUCAACACAAACGUUUUCUCUGGGCUGUUGUACUACCUCACCCAGCACCAUGACCCCAGUGGGCGGUGCUUUCGGAUGCUAGGCAGGCUCAGCUGUAACCCAAACUGCCUGCAGGCUUUGGUUAGAACUGGAGCUGUGGCUCUGAUAAGACAAAGACUGUGUGUGAGAGGAGAAGAGAUCGUAAAUGGCAAAGGAAGAAACAGAGAAACAGGGAGACAAUCAAAAAAAGUAAAAGCCAAAAUCGCACAACUAGGUCUGGGUCUGCUCAGUAAUUUGAGGGUUCAGAGUGAGUCUGGAUUUGGCUCUGGUGUUCUUACACAUAUCAUGCUGUCAGGCUCAGAAACUGACAAACUGUACUGUGUCCUUUCUCUACCUCUGAUUAACAGCAACAGAGUUCUUCUGAAGAAGCUGCUUUUGGAUAGUGGAGGACUGGCAGCAGCUCUUGAACUGAUUGGCUGUCACAGUGACAACGGCAAUGAGGAUGAUGAAGAUGGACAGUCCAAUAAGUGUAGAACAUGUCUGGCUGGUUGGUUACAUCAUCUUGAGCAAGUGUCCCCUUUCAGACUUAAUUUGCUGUACUUUUCCCUUCUGAUUGGCUGCCUCUCCAGUCUUUUGGCAUGUUCCAAGGAGGACAGAAAGAAUUGUGGCAUAGAUUGUGGGACCAGAAUGGAGACACCCUCAAGCCCCAUGAAAACAUCACAACCACAGCAGAAGCAAUCAUGCCCAUACCAGGAGGCAACUUAUGACCUAACUUUCCUCCUUGAUGAUGGAACCCUCCUUCUAGCCAACCAAGAGGCUGUUGCUGGGGAAGAGGGAGCAAAAGAUGCUGGGUCUGAGUAUUUUAGAGCCCUGCUGAUGGGAGGAUUUGGGGAGGCCCAAAGAGCUAGAGGCGAGGUCAUUCGUAUCAAGGACAUAAACAGUGGGACGCUGCUACCAGUUCUUCACUACCUGCAUGGAUGUCGUUUGAUUGAAAGAAAUGAGAAUGAAGACCAAGGGAAAGAGUCAAAACAAAAUGCAAAUUGUCUUGUUUUGGCCUCUCUGGUCUCUGGUGGGUUGGGCAGACCACAGGACGACUUGAAGCCAUUCUACGCAGAAGAGAGGGAAUUUCGGAAAACCCCACUGGCCAAUGUGAUGAUUGGGGCUUGUAGGUUUUUAGUGCCUGGUUUACAAAGGGCAGCCGAGGACCUAUGUGUAGGCCUUCUCUACUCAGCAGUCUCAUCUGUCCUAAUGACUCGGGCCAAACCUUGCUGUUCAGAUGACAAUACUACAACGACAAGCAGAAUGGAUGUGGAUUUGGUCUGCAAGGAUUCCACACACUCAGUACCUGAAGGGUCACUCCAAGUGUCUAAAGGUAGAAUCACAGAGGCCCAAUCAACACGACCAAACGUGAUGUCAAAGUGUUCCAAACAACAGUCUAAACCCCUGAACUCUGAGAAUUCUAAACAGGUUCGAAAAGUUGUUCCAUCCUACUCCACGUCUUCGGACAGUGACACUGAGAGAGCUUGUCUGAGGUCUCUCCUGCCACAAAUGUACUGGUUCUCACAACGCUACUCUUACCUGCGACUAGGCCAAGCCUGUCUCUCUAUACUGCUGCGGCCUCAGGGGCUUUGGCCUUUUCCCCUUCAGUCCUCUUUGUCCGCUGAGUGCUUCCUGCAUUUAGUGCAAGAGGCCGACUGCACUGAGCAGUUGAGGCAGGACAUCUUAAAACUGGUUAAAAAAGCCCUCAGCUAGAAAGCGCAAACAGUAAUCGAUGGCGAAUUGAAAGGUGGAGGGAAUGUAAGGAAUGUUUGGUGUAAAUGAUUAAGUUAGAAGAUGCUGUAAUGCACACUCAAAAAAGAAAGAAAGGAAAGUCUAAUUGGGGUUGUUUUUGGGAUGUUAAGGGCAAGAAAGAAUAAGAAAUGUUUUAUUUUUUUGUAUAUUACAUUUCAUUUUGCAAAUUUAUUUUCAAGAAAUUAUGUCUUAUGUAUAUGUCGUAGAAUGGCUGUUUUUUUUUUUUUUUUUGGAAGGUAUUGUUUUAUUAAUCUAAAAUGUAUUCUUUAUUCUAUUUUGCCAAUUAAAGGGAUUAAUGCUGAUGCAAUACCACAUUCUUCAUGUAUAGUAUGUGAAUAAGAUUAUUUCAUGGAGAAAGAGCUGUUUAUCUUGGUUAUAUUUUUAUUUUUGUAAAUGGCAUAUUACACUUCAUUUAUAGUAAUCUGAAUUAACUGAUGUAUGCCAUGUUGUUCUGUAUGUACUAGAAAUUGAAACAUUAACUGGCCAAAUUUUGAAGGUACAGAGGAUGGUUCUCAAUAAAUGAGUUCUGCAUGAUGUUGUCUAGGUUGUCUUUUUCAAGAAUUUAAAUGGAUAGUUCAUUAAAAAAGAAAAUUAAGUCAUCAUUUACUCAACCUCAUGUUACAAGCCCGUAUUACUUUCUUUCCUUUGUAGAAACCAAAUAAAUGAUAACAGAAUUUUCAGUUUUGGGUGAACUUAUCCUUUAAAUGUUGCGCUACAUUUGUAUUUAUUUGUGUUAUGUACAGUA